CCGCCGCCGUUAGUGGUUUAUCAAAAUAAAUUCGAACUGUUUGUUGUUGACGAUUCGCGCGAAGCACAGUCUCAAUAAUUCCGUUCCUAGAGAUGGCUGCUUUGGACACAUUUCCCAAUCUUCCCUUGCAAGGAGAAAUUCCGGUUUGUGAACGCGACGGGCGCAUUUGCUCAUUGCCAAUCAACGAAGUAGAUUCAUCUAAUCUUUGCAAACAACUUUCCUACCCGGAAAUUAACAUCGGGAGAGAAUUGUUUCACCAUGCGGCCGGUCACGUUCAGGAUCAUCGCCGUACAAUUAUGGUACCGAUCAAUGAAACGCUCAUCAAACGCAUCACACGCACAUUUUUCGAGGAAGGUCCGGUCGAAGCACUGAAUGAAGCGGCCAAUAGUAACAGUCAACACUAUAAUGUUUUUCUGGGAUCUCUGGCGCGAUACAUGUUAGUUUUGGUAGAUGUAGGAAAUAGUAUAAAGUUUUUCCUGAAGCCGCACCUCAAGGAACAAGGAGUUGGUUCGGUUGGGAAAUAUACACAAACUAGAGAUUGGUCCAAAAGUGCAAUUCGCUGCAUUCGUUGGCAUCCAAACUGUUUUAAAAUUGCAAUUGCGGCAUCGGAUGACAGCAUACGAGUGUACGGGGAUGAACCUAGCAUUGUUCCUAUCUUGAAAAGUGGCUUACAGAAAUCGAUCACGUCGCUAGCUUGGCGUCCAUUCACGGCUGGCGAAUUGGCGGUGGGAUGUCAAAACGGUGCGCUCAUAUGGAAUAUCGAUCCGAACAGUCUCAUCACAAGACCUCUUUCACAAGCUGUUCGGUUGAGACAUGGGAAUCAUUUUCCUGUUACAUCUGUUGAGUGGAGCCCAAAUGGAUGUUUGCUUGCAAGUGCCAGUAUAAACGACCCCGCCAUCCUCAUUUGGGAUGUGGACCAAAACAAACAAGUACCUUUACGUCGAGUUGGACCACCAUGUGCGUUGUUGAAAUGGUCACCCACAGGAUCUAGAUUAUGCGCAACAACGGUAUCGAAUGUUUUCCGUGUUUGGAAAACGGAUAGAUGGACUCCCGACCGUUGGACAAUCAAUAGUGGGACAAUUCAAUCAGUCGUAUGGUCACACUCUGGAUCACAUCUCCUGUUCGUCACAACAGAAGAAUCGUUGCUGUACUGUUUAGGGUUCAUCGAGGACGAAGUAUUUACUUCAACCUUCGCACCAAAAUCGGCACUUCCUAUUGCUGAUCUCUCGAAAAUCACAAUCGGCAAGGUGGAAGUGGGAGGACGUCCCCAAGCCUUGGCCUGGUGCCCACGAAGCCGCUAUUUGGCAGUAACAUUCAAAGAUACUCCAGCUAUCGCUAUUUUCAAUACGGUCAACGUGGCCCACAGCCGAUUGAACAUAACGCCAUUGUGUUUCUUAACUGGAAUUGGAAUAGAAAGUGCCUCCUGCAUUAGCUUCCAGGAAAAUUUGGGACACCGGUCAAACGAGAAACUGCAAACUGUUUUGACUAUUGGAUGGUCUAGUGGUAGAAUUCAAUAUUUUCCUUUUGUUUAAUGGCUUUCUUUCCGAGUUAUUUGUGUUCAUUUUAAAUCUGGUUCAAUAAAUGCGUGUAUAAAUAUAACACAUAAAAUAUAUAGUUCUG